CCCUUCCUUGCCUGGCUGGGAGAGAAAAGAAGAGUUGGACCCUUUGGCCUCUUCCUCCUCCUUCUCUUCCUCUUCUCCUUCUGGUGAGUCUUCUCCCCAUUCCUUCUCCAAAGGGCCAAAGAGGGGCUGAAGCCCAACACACCUGGAGGGAGGGACAAAGUGGGCCCAGGCCUGGACUAACGUAGGAUUGGGGAAAAUCACAAUAGACUGCGAGAGAAAAUGUGAUUGUUCGCUGAGAAUUCUGGACUAGAGCCUGUUCAGGGAUUUCUUUCCCUUCAGAGAAGAAGGAGGAAAGAGAUUUUGUACCCAGUUUGCUUCCUCAUCAAAGAGUGGUUCCAGCAUGGAGAGACCCAGCUCACCUGGACCUGAAGCAGGACUCGGGAGCAGUGCGGCAUCCUGGGAAAAAGCUACACCUAAGUUCCUGAGUGUGGACCUUUAUAGCUCAGACACACAACCUCAGCGCUUCAGGCAUUCCUCCUUCCGAGAGGGCGAGGGACCCAGAGAGGUUUGCAGCCGCCUCCACUCUCUCUGCCGCCAGUGGCUGAAGCCAGAGCAACACACCAAGGCGGAGAUGCUGGACCUGGUGAUCCUGGAGCAGUUCCUGAGCAUCCUGCCCCCAGAGAUGGGGAGCUGGGUCCGAGAGUGUGGGGCAGAGACCUCUUCCCAGGCGGUGGCCCUGGCGGAAGGCUUCCUCCUGAGUCGGGCAGAGGACGAGAAGCAGGAAGGACAGGCCCAAAAUAACUGCAUUGAAGUCCACCCUGAUGUCCCUGAAUCUGAGAAAUCUCCAACAGACACCACCCAGAGCCUCCAGGAGGAGGAGCUCAAGCAGAAAGGAGAUGGGGCUGCAGCCUUGGAGGGGGCUGGAAUGAUGCUAUUGGCAAAUCCACAAUGGUUUCUUCCGCUUUGUGAUGGUGUGGAACUGAAUCAGGGCCCAAUCACCUUUGAGGACGUGGCUGUCCAUUUGUCUUUGGAGGAGUGGGCUCUCCUGAAUCCUGGUCAGAAAGCCUUCCACGUGCAGCUCAUGGAGGAGAUUCAUGGGAUGGUGGACUCUCUUGCAGAUAACUGGAACACCAAACACGGGAAGCAUUUGGGACACGAUGGGGGCCUUCCUAGACACCAGGAAAAUCACAAAGAAGAUGAAGGUUCUGCCAGAGAAAGGCCCUACAAAUGCAAUGUAUGUGGGCAGUGUUUUACCCAGAAUAUGGGACUUAUACUUCACAAGACACUCAUUGCUGGGGAAAGCCAUUGUAAAUGGAAGGCGUCAGAAAAAUGUGUUGCUGAUUAUAAAGAUCUGAGCCAAGAAGAAAUCUUUGAAGGAACUGAGGAUUUCGUAAGGCAGGAAUGUGAGGAAUCUUUUCUCCAGAGUGUUGCUGAUUAUAAAGAUCUGAACCAAGAAGAAAUCUUUGAAGGAACUGAGGGUUUUGUAAGCCAGGAAAGUGAGGAAUCUUUUCUCCAGAGUGCUGCUGAUUAUAAAGAUCUGAGCCAAGAAGAAAUCUUUGAAGGAACUGAGGGUUUUGUAAGCCAGGAAUGUGAGGAAUCUUUUCUCCAGAGUUCACACUUUGGGAAAUAUGACGGGUUUCACACAGGAGAGGAACCGUGCAUUUGCCAGGAUUGUGGGAAAUGUUUUGCUGACAGUUCACAAUUGGUGGAGCACAAAAAACUCCACACAAAAAAGAAGCCAUACCUAUGCCAGGAGUGUGGGAAAUGUUUUGCUAACAGUUCAGACUUGCUGAGCCACAAUAGACUCCACACCGGAGAGAAGCCAUACUACUGCCAGGAAUGUGGGAAAUGUUUUGCUUACAGUUCAGCCUUGGCGAGACACAAAAGACUCCACACAGGAGAGAAGCCAUACCACUGCCAGGAAUGUGGGAAAUGUUUUUCUGACAGUUCAGCCUUAGUGAGGCACAAAAGACUCCACAUAGGAGAGAAGCCAUACCAAUGCCAGAUGUGUGGGAAAUGUUUUGCUGACCGUUCAGCCUUUGUGAGGCACCAAAGACGUCACACUGGAGAGAAACCACACCAGUGCCAGGAGUGUGAGAAGUGUUUUACUUGCAGUUCAGAUUUGAUGAAGCACAAAAGACUCCACACAGGAGAGAAGCCAUACCAAUGCCAGGAGUGUGGGAAGUGUUUUCCUUGGAAGUCAUCACUUGUGAAACACCAGAGCAUCCAUACAGGAAAUAAACCGUACGAAUGCCAGGAGUGUGGGCAAUGUUUUACUCAGAAUUCAUCCCUUGUAAGCCAUCAGAGAACUCAUACAGGAGAAAAACCAUACGAAUGCCCAGAUUGCGGGAAAUGUUUUUCCUACAGUUCAUACUUGCUGAGCCACAAAAGACUCCACACAGGAGAGAGGCCGUACAAAUGCCAGGUGUGUGGGAGAUCUUUUGUCCAAAGUUCAGCCCUUGUGAGCCACGAGAGAAUUCAUACAGGAGAAAAACCAUACAGAUGUAUGGAUUGUGGGAAGUGUUUUACUCACACUUCAUCCCUUAUGAAACACCUCCUACUUCAUACGGGGUAAAAAACAAAACAGGAUUAUUAUUUUUUUGGGUUCAUAUUUUUGGAACCAUCAGAGACUACAUACAGGAGAGAAAUCAUCCAACUACCUGUGACAAAACUAAUAACAUGUUUUGCAACAGGGAAAUGGUGGGUUCUGGACAUUCUGGUGCUCUACACUAAAAAUUUAGCAUUUCCUGAUGAACAUGUGUGAUUCCCUUGGCUUCAAGUAGCACUUGGCUUGACUUUGGACUGAUCUCUUAGACAACUCUCUUCUUGGGUUUGAACUCUUGUUCAGUUUUUUGUUUUGUUUUUUGUUUUGCUUUGUUUGACUUGGGACUAUUUUGGAGAACUCUUUUGCUUCUCUGGACACCGGUAUCACCCUCAGGCUGGACUGUCUCUCCCCUCGUCAACCUUUGUGGGUAAACAUCUGAUUUCAACAGAAUUCUUUGAGAAGUUUGGUAGAUUCCCUUUUCUUGUUAUUUAAGUCCCUAAGGUUGAGUCCUGAUCUUGGAGUAGCAGAAAAAAAGCUUACUGUGAAAAUCCCUCAGAGGGUUAAAGUGUACCGUAUAUACUCGAGUAUAAGCCGGGUUUUUCAGCCCCCUUUUUAGGGUGAAAAAGCUCCCUUCUGCUUAUACUCAGGUGAGGGUCUUGGCAAGAAGGUGUGCGGCUGGACCUUCACCUCUCACCGCAUGCCGGGCGCCUUCCAGGCAGUUACCAACUUUGCUGCUCCUUUGAUAUAUAUUUCUCAUCUCUCCCCCAUGUAAUAUAAAAACAGACUCUGUUUGUAAAAGUUAAAAGUUACCGCACAUGCAGCCAAAGAAGGAGAAAGGAAGGCGUGCACGCAUGGAGGUGUGCAAUAGUAGGGAGGGAAGCACAUGCUUGGUUUCUAUGUGGAGAGCAGAAAGGACACAUUUAUUUAUUUAUUCAUUCAUUUACAGCAUUUAUAUGCCGCCCUUCUCACCCCGAAGGAGACUCAGAGCGGCUUACAAGGUAUAUAUACAUACAAUAUUUUAUUAGCAUAGUACAAUAUCAGUUUUAAAUAUUGCUAUAUUGUACUAUAUCAAUUAUACUGUAAUAUUAUUAGAAAUAUUACAUGUAAUAUUAAUAUAUAAUUAUAAUAUCAUUAUUAUUAGUAUUAUAUUGCAUUACAUUAUAAUAUUAUAAAUAUUAUAUGUAUAUACAAUAUAUUAUAUUAUAUUAUUAGAAUAGCACAGGAGACAAGGUGGAACUGUCCCCUGCCCCCCCCCACACUUCACAUGCACAGCGAAAGGAAGUGGGAGGGAGGUGUGUGCCUCCCUCCCUGCACUUGCCGCACACGUGCGCACCUCCUUUCUACUUCUUUCUCUGCGUGCAUGGUAACUUUUCCAAAUGAGUCCCCACAGGGGUGAGAAAAGCAGUAUACAAAUACUGUAAAUAAAUAAAGAAAUUGAGGCAGCUUUUAUACUACGUGGGUUUGAGAUGAGAAAUACAUAUCAAAGAAACAGUAGAGUUGGUAAUUUCUUGGAAAGGUACCCAACGUGCGGCAAGAGGAGGAGGCGGAUGUGAGAGGAGGGAUGGCUGCCUUUCUUUCCUCAAUUUGAAUAAGGAAAGAGAGUCCUUCACCGCUCUGCUCUUCCUUCUUCCCCAGCUUUUUUUCAGGCUACAUUAUGAGUGUAUAGGUGUAAACAUUUUCAGAUCAGCAAUGCAAUUUACACCCGCGUGGUAAUCACCUAAAUAAGCAGACCCACUCCUGCUCUCUGAUUCUUCCUGAUUAUGUUCCCAUUACGUAUUUUUAAAAGAAGAGGAAAAUACUUGUUUAUUCCAUGUCCCUAAGUUUUGCCCUUGACUUAUCUCUGAAUCAAAGCCACAAAUUUGUGCCCAAAACCUGCCCUUGAUUUUUAUCUUCUGAACUAGAUGUUGUUUUUGGUAUGUAACAAAAAUAAUAGCCCACUUUAUGUGAGUGAUCAAAGCUAUCAAAGCAGAGUGAAAAAGAAAAAAAUAAUAGAAUCAUAGAGCUGGAAGAUACGUCAAGGGCCAUCUAGUCCAACCCUAUUCUGCCAAGAAGCAGGAAAAUAAUCUUCAAAGCACUCCCGACAGAUCGCCAUCCAGCCUCUGUUUAAAAGCCUCCAAAGAAGGAGCCUCCACCACACUCCGGGGCAGAGACUUCCACUGCUGAACAGCUUUCUGAGUUCUCUCCUCUCCUGUAGUUUGAAGCCUGUUUUGCUCCUGCUUUCACAGUCAGCAAGUUCUUCCUCAUGUUCAGGUGGAAUCUCCUUUCAUGUAGUUUGAAGCCACUGCUUCGCGUCCUAGUCUCCAGAGCAGCAGAAAACAAGUUUGCUCCCUCCUCCCUGUGACUUCCAUGAUCCUCAUUAUGUCUCCAAACCCUAACCCUUUUCUUCUGCAGGCUAAACAUGCUCAGCUCUUUCAUCCGCUUCUCAUAGGGCUUGUUCUCCAGAUCCUUGAUCAUUUUACUUGCCAGUUCCCUUGAUUCUUGUCCAGCUGCUUUCAAGCUGGUCCCAGAUUGCAGUCUUGCAUCUCUUCUGUGGCGUAACAGUUUUGACAUAGAAUUAAAAGGGAAUAGUUUUUAAAUGUUAUGUGUUCAGGCAAAUUGAACAUGACUUUGAGGCCAAUGAGGCAAUGCGCCUAUUUUAUGAAUUGUAAACUAAGACUUUUUGUUUUAUAGCAGUUGCUGAAUGAUAGAGGAUACUACUUUGUGAGCUAAUUAAAUAACUAAUGGCACCUGACACAACUUCAGAUUGAAAACUUCAUUGUAUUUUAAUUCACAUUGGAAAUAAAUAAGGGAGAUAUUUUUUUUAAAGGAAGAAACGCUUUCAAAGUCAGAAAAAAUUAAUGGAAGAACUUGUUCAUCAAAUAUAUUUUUGACUCGGACAAUGCAACAUCAAGCUUUGCUCAUAAAAGGUGGGAAUCUAUCUCUUGACAAUAUGUGAAACUACAGUAUGUAAUAAAUUGUGUUUAUAUGAGAGCGGAAUGGAUGGAUGGACAGACAAUGUCCCUCUUAUGGGUAAAAAGUGGACAACUACAAUUUGUUAUCUUUUUGUAGACAAGUGAAGAUACUUUUGUUUCCUCAGGCCUUUGGAGGGUCAUUGGACAGGAAAAAAGACCUUCCGUGUUCUGUGUUUUCUAUAUUUGCUGUUCUUCCUUUCAAUGGUCUGUAUUUUAUUUUAGUUAUAUUUUAAACUUUUGCAUAAUGCAAAAAACAAAACAAAACAAAACAAACCUGUAUCUAUUUUAUCUCCUGUAAACCUAGAAUCCCUGACUAGGAGAAAGUAUGAACAAUAAUAAAUUAAUAAUUAAUCAUU